UCCUCGAUGAACCUUGAUGACUCUGCCACACCCUGCCUUGUUCCCACGUGUGUCUGGAGCGAUGACCCGUGUUUGUGAAGGGGUUUGUCAGGGGUAACAUCGCAAACGUAACCAAAUCAUCCUCGCGAAUGCAUGGGUUAGGGUUUGCUCUGACUCCACCACCAGGAUUUUCCACUUUCGCCAAGAUCAGUGGAAGUCCAAGCGUCGUCGUCACAUUCCGAACAGCGUGUUUCCUCCUUCUCCAGAAUAUCCUUAUCCAAAUCAUCACUAUCCGUCUACACGAUUUGAACGCAAGCUACUGAGGGUUCACUUUCAUUGCCGAAACACUCAACAACAGCGGAAACCAACGACCCAUUGCAAUACUCUCGUAGUCCUCUCCCAAAAUGCCCGGCUCCUCCCUCUGGCUAAUCCCUCCUCCCACCCACCCUCUCUACCCGAUCCUUUCAUUCCUCAUCUCCCAACGCCUCCCCUUGGAUUUUCCCUCCGAGGCUGGCGCUGCCGACGCACGCUUGAUUCCUGAAUUCUUUGCUCCUCACAUGACCCUUAGCUCCGGCAUCUCACCGGAUCUCUACGGCGACGAUCCCCAGCGUUGGCUCGACUCAAUCCCCUGGCCGUCCGCUGACGAAGUACAGGUGAGGUUCGAGGGAAUCAGCUCUCAGGACACGUACUACCGGAGGUGCUAUGCAAGGGUCAAGCUGGAUGAGGGGAUCAAGAAGAUUGCCGGGCUGGCGAGGGCAAGAGGAGUGAAUGGGGAGGAUGAUGCGAAAGGUGCCAAGACGCAAGAGUGGUUGGAGUGGUGGAGGAAGGAAUUCGGGCCGCAUGUUAGUUUGAUGUAUGGCGAUGUGCCUAUUAGCGAUGACAGGUUGAAAGAGGUCGCCAAGGUCGUGGAGAAGGCUGGUGUUAAGCUGACUGAGCCGGUGGGUGAUGCCGAAGGGAAUGGCUGGAAUGGCGGCGUUGUCUGGUUGGUCCCAACUGACAGGGAUAUCAAGGACUGGAAGCCGAUCGCGAAACGAGUGUUGUAGUGACCACGGGGGACAGUGCCUGAUGGUGAAGCAUAUCUAAGAUGUGUGGAUGUUGAUAUGCUGCUAUUAUUAUUAUUUUUUGCUCUUCUAAACGCCGAUAUUCUGCAUGGGCGGA